CGAGGGCGGAGCGAGGCCGGGCGCGGCUGGGGCCCCGGGCCCACCCGUCGCCGCAGUGGCCGGGCCGGCGGGCGCAGGGUGAAGACAGCAGGACUCGCAGAGACCGAGCCGCUGGCCUUGGUGACACAGCCAGAGCGGGCAGAGCCAGGACGCACAGCCAGCCAGCUGAAUCAGCCCACGGAGGUCCUGGCCUUUUUCCUGCCUCUUCAUCUUGGAGUCCCCAGAACUCAGCGCCUGGCAUUUAGUAAAGGACCUCAGCACUGUCUUCACUUCUAGCAGCUGUCUGCCUUCUUUAGCACUUCCUUAAAGUGGGACUUCUCCAGGUUUUAACACAACAUCCAACUUAGCUGUCCAGAGACAGCAGGAAAAUGGCAUCCGGUGAUGGAGAGGCCGUUACGCACAGGGCCAGGGUGGCCCCAGCAGAGAGGAUGAGCCGGUUUCUGCGGCACUUCACUGUGGCCGGGGAUGACUACCACUCCUGGAACAUCAACUACAAGAAGUGGGAGAACGAGGAGGAGGAGGAGGAAGAGGAGGAGCAGCAGCAGCCCCCACCUGCGCCUGCCUCGGGUGAGGAGGGCAGGAGCGCUGAGGCUGCCUCUGUCCCUGGGCCCAGAGCCCCCCUGGACUUCAGAGCCAAGCUGAGGAAGCUCUUCCACUCCCACCGCUUCCAGGUCAUCAUCAUCUGCCUGGUGGUUCUGGAUGCCCUGCUGGUGCUGGCCGAGCUCAUCCUGGACCUGAAGAUCAUCAAGGCCGACAAGAACAAGUAUGCGGCACAGGUGUUCCACUGGAUGAGCCUCGCCAUCUUGGCCUUCUUUAUGAUGGAGAUUUUCUUUAAGAUAUUUGUCUUCCGCCUGGAGUUCUUUCAUCACAAGUUUGAAAUCCUGGACACAGUGGUCGUGGUGGUCUCGUUCGUCCUUGACAUUGUCCUCCUGUUCAAGGAGCACGAAUUUGAGGCUCUUGGCCUGUUGAUCCUGCUCCGGCUGUGGCGGGUGGCCCGGAUCAUCAAUGGGAUAAUUAUCUCGGUGAAGAGCCGUUCAGAACGGCAACUCUUGAGGUUAAAACAGAUGAAUAUUCAGUUGGCGACCAAGAUCCAACACCUUGAGUUCAGCUGCACUGAGAAGGAACAAGAAAUUGAAAGACUCAACAAACUGCUGCGACAGCACGGACUGCUCGGUGAGGUGAACUAGGCAUCUGCCAGCUCCGCUGGGGAAGACCCAGUCUCCCAGGCCACAGGGUGACGUGGGCCCCGUGGGGUUCGGGCAGACACAGCCUCCGAGGACAGCUCUGUCCUCUCUCGGUCUGACCGAGAGCUGCUCGUGUUAUAUGACAAGCGUACCAACUAGUUUCUCAUACUAGACACUUUACUCUUGAUUGAAAACGAACAAACCUGGACAGUGACUAGUUGUAUAUAAAAUUUAAUCUCCUCAAAUGUACAGUUUUGAAAUUUCACAUGUCUCUGGUAGGGGCAGCACAUCCUUUUGGAUGAGCAUUUAGAGAGGAAAAGAAGGCAGCUGGCUUGGCUGCUGGCCCCUCCGAGCAGUCCCUCCUCAGUGCAGACGCUCCAGGCUCCCGGCACCCGGCCUGGGAUCCAGCUGCCUCAGCAGCUUCUCGCUGGCUCCACCUACUUCUGCCACCUGGCAAUGUUUUUCUCGAUUACUGUACAAUUAAUGUGUAAAAGCACCGCACUCCUUACCCUGGGCCCUCCCACCGCAUUCUUCCCUCAGUGGCAUCCCACGCCACCCCACCAUGUGGAGAGCCAGCGAGAUGUGGAGUUCGGCGUGGAAAUGCCAAUUAGACCCGAGCUGGCCCUGUAAUUAAUGUGAUCUUCGGGAGAAGAGCCCCUCAUGAGGCUUUGUACGCUCCUCGCAUGAUUUUAUAUGGUAUUUUGCUAUUUUUGUACUUAUUUCAACGGGACUUGAAAGAAAACCUGAACUCUGAACAAUGAACAUUUUUAAAAUAACUCGCAUUAAAGCGGGAUGAAUAAAGCAGAUAGACUCUCCCUGCGUGCACUGUGUCACAGGCUGUUCUCUGCAGUCUCCCAGGGACAACUUGGUUUCCACCUAGGACCUCCAUAUAGGAUCAGCUUGAAAUCAGAAGCAAGGAGAGCACAAUGCCUGAGAGGGAAAGGUUCUGUCGGGAGGGGAGGAGAGGGCCAGGGUGUUGGUUCAGGGGCAACCUGGGGUGAAGAGGAGUGCGACCAAGUGGUCACAGGUGCAGACCUUCACAGCGGGCCUUCACGACCACUCACGUCACACAAACGGGAAGAAGAAGUCGAAGGGCAGCCUGGCAUGGACGGUGGGCCGAGCCCGGAAGCCAGCCAGAGCAGGUGCAGACACGUCCACAAAAGUCACUGCCGUGGAAACGACAAUCGUCCUUCCACUUCCUGCGUGGGUCUGUAGUAAAAAGUCAGAGCUGCACGCCUGCCCUCCAGUGUGUUAGCAGGGGGACAACCAGGGGACGCUGCCUUCCCCUCACUGGCUGCUACACCUCAGGCGUCUGAUGGGCACGUGGUGGGCCAGCGAGCAGCUCCACCAGGCAUCCCAACCUCACCAGGCUCGGCCGAGAUGCGGCACUCACGAGACUCAAUCAACUCUAAUCAAGAAUGCUAAUGCCGACAGAACCUUGGCCAGUGGGGGCUUUUCUUUUCAAGUACAAGAAUAACUGCAAAACUGUUUUGAGAUUCCAGAUUGUUUAUCUUUUUUAUCAGGUAAUAAAUUUCACCUGUCAUAUCUGA